AUGACCCUCCUCCAAUUCCUGCGCCAGGCCCGCCAGGUACACCUACAAUUCCUGGCCGGUACUCUAUCCGAAUCACCCAUCUACGUGCUCGGCAAUCCAUCUGCCGACCUGGACUCGAUCAUCUCCGCCAUUGUCUACUCCUACUGCGCCAACAACCGCCUCCCAACCACCACCCCGCGACCCCAUAUCCCCCUCCUCAAUCUCUCCAACAUCCCUGCAGGCUCCGAGCUGUACCGACUAAGACCAGAAUUCGUCACCGCGCUGUGGCUAUCCGCCAGCUUCCCCUCCCUACGGCCCGAGGAGCAAUUUGAUCGAACCUCCGACUCCGCGGGGAAAUUGCUCGGUGAGCAUCUAGUCACGGUUGCGGACUUUGCGCGGAGCCUGAAGGAGCUCUCCAAAACGAAGAAAAUACAGGCAGAUGCGGUUAUGGUCGACUGGAAUGCCAUGCAGGAGCGCGUUGAUGGGAAACCAGGAUAUGGCUCGGUGAGCGGGUUGGAGGAGGUCACUUUCCGCACGGUGGGGUGUAUCGACCAUCACGUCGAUGAGAACUUCGUACCUGGGGCAGAAGACAUCCCCUCCGAUCAGCCAUUGAUCAUCCAGCCGGGGCCUGGGUCGUGCUCUUCAUUGAUCACCAACGAGCUCAAGAAACGUGGGUUCUGGACUGCCAGCCAGGACGCGUCGUCCGCGGCGGAGAUCGCGCAGGUCGCGAAACUGGCGCUGGCGCCGAUUCUGAUCGAUACGUCUAACCUUACCGCGGAAGGAAAGGUCAAGGAUGUGGAUAUUCAGUCUGUCGAUUUCCUGCAAGAGUUAGUCUCCGGGGCGAGUAGCAGCACAGAUCCCGCAUGGGACAUGAAGGCUUUCUACGAGCAGAUCGAUGAUGCGAAGCGGAAUAGUCUGGAUUUGUUGACUCCGGAAGAGAUUCUGGAUCGUGAUUUCAAAGACUGGACUGAGAAGCCUCAAUCCUCUGGGCAGAACAUCAAACUUGGUUUUUGCUCAUCGGUCAAGCCCAUUCGGUGGAUUAUCGAAAAAGCGGGCGAGCCUCACCAAUUCCUUGAGGUUGUUCGCAAAUUUGCGCAGAGGGAGGAUAAAGAGUUGGAUAUGGUGGUCGUCAUGACUUCUUUCUCUUCGGCAGAGGACCAACAUACUCGAGAGCUGUUCAUCUGUGCAUCAGAGGAAGGUGGACAUACAGUGGACGGUAUCAAGAAGUUCAUUAAUGAGUCAAGCUCACUUGGCCUUAUUGAGUGGACGCCCUUGGAUGGAGAGUGUGUGGAUCUGGUUGAGGCUGAUAUUCGAGAUACGCUGAAUGGAACCUCCGAAGUCUGGAGGCACUUGUGGGUGCAGACGAACGCCAAGGCAAGUAGGAAGCAAGUGGCGCCGAUGCUGCGAGAUGCUGUUGCUAAAUUAUAA